CCGGGUUGCAGGUUAGACGGGAUUACGGAGCGCAGCGCGGCGCACUUCACUCCGCUGUGCGCUCUGCUAUGGAUUUCUCCGCACGGCAUUUGUGAACCACAUUUAAGACCUGUCACUAACAUCCCUCGAUCCUGGUGAUAGACCAGAUAUCUAUGGAAACAUGGCCGACGUCCCUCAGCUCGUCAAAAUUGGGAUUUCACUGAAGAUGCUUCCCAACAACACCGCGGUGCACUUCAAGUCCGACGGCGCCAGGUUCGGACAGACCCGGACCAUCAAGCUGCUGACCGGGUCUAAGUACAAAAUCGAGGUGGUCGUUAAACCAGGAGCGGUCGAGGCCACGUCGAUGAGUGUGGGCGGGGUGACCUUCCCCCUGGAGCAGCAGUCCAAAGACCCGCAGUCAGUGGUCUACAGUGGGCAGUACGACACAGAAGGGGUGGCACACACCAAGAGUGGAGAGAGGCAACCAGUUCAAAUCAGCAUACAGUUCACAGAGGCGGGAAUGUUUGAAACGGUGUGGCAGGUGAAGUACUACAACUACAACAAGAGGGACCACUGCCAGUGGGGAAACAGCUUCAACAGCAUCGAGUACGAGUGCAAACCCAACGACACGCGCACGCUCAUGUGGGUCAACAAAGAGAUGUUUGUGUGAAGGAGAUAUUCAGUGUUUACUCUGCAAAAACACGAGGUGUGACGUUUCUGAGCAUCAGCAUGUCAUGAUAAAUUAAUUUUCUUUAAUCCACAGCAGAUACACACUCAAUAUUUGACUUUAUUUUAAUUUAAAUUGAUUUUUUGUGUGUGUGUGUGUGUGUUUGAAAAGAAAAUGCAACCUUUCCCUCUUUUGUACUGUAAAAAAGCACAUCAGAUUAACAGCCAAAUCAGAUCCUACAGCAGAACAUAUAAUAUAAAAUGCAUGUUGUCAGUCUUCUCGCAAGGUGCAUUUUAUCAAGGUUAAAAUGAAACAUGUUGCACUUCUCAACAACCUGCAGUUUGAAUUAUGCAUUGAACAAUUAAAUGGCGUUUUGAGAUAAAUAUUUUAAUGUACCGUUCGGUUGUGGCGUGUGGUAAUGUGUAUGUGCAGUAGGCUACUGUGUGCGUGUGAGUGUGUCUGUGUUUAGUUACAGUAUGUGUGUGUGUGUUUUACAAACGGUGCUUGUACAGAUAUGUUUAUACAUGUGAAGAGUUUCAUUCCAAAAUGACUUAACAGCAUGUCCAGAAAUUCAUGUUAACAUUUACCAAAAUGUUGAUGAGAACAUUUCCCCUCUUGACCACGUCCUGUGUCCCUGCAUUAGGGACAUUUUGAUGUCACUGGCCCUCAAGCUGAAUUUUUCCCAUCUGUACUCAGAUGGGAGCUUGCCAUGACAUCUGCAGCCUCUAAUUUUAAAAAUGUGGGGUGUGUUUUCAAAGUAUGCAACAGAGGAAGGUGACAUGGCAGAUGACAUAUCUUAAUACAGGUUUGAGAGGAUUUUUUCUAGCUUUAAGAAAUACAUGACAUCUCUGAACCAAUGAGAAAAGCAUAGGGGAGCACUUUUCAGUUUAGAGGGAUCAAACAGUGAAAGCUGUGACCGUGUGGGCUGUAUUUAGUGCGAUAGUGCAGGAUUCCUUCAAACUUAAACCAGAAAUUGCACAGACUUGGUUGGGGUUCAAUUGGAUUUCAAAUAUCUCACGAAAAGCUCUAAAAAUACUUCUGCAGAAGGUGGAGAGGUUUGGACAUAACCACAACAUAUGCAUUAAGCCUGCUGGCUGGCCUCUACAUCGAGGGCAUAACGGCGCAACAUUCAAAUACAUCUUUUCCGGUCUAGCAUUAAUAAGAUGAGAAAAUUAUCAGCUACUUUAAUAAGCAGUAACCUGGAGAACAGGCAUGUCCAAAGUGUGGCCCGGUCGCCAACUGGGGCCUGCGGACAGAUUUUAAACAGCCUGUGAUGUGUCUUUCAAAACAUACCAUAUAUGGCCUGCUACAUAAUAUAGUUCACUCUGCAUUUUUUGCGUUUACCUCACCAUGGCAGGACUAUCAUACACAGUCGGAACAGCAGCUGAUCUGCUAGGUAACAUCAAUGGCCACAGCAAAAAAGUGUGAAGUCGACAGCAAGGGUAGUGUAGCGCUACUUUCAGGAGCGGUGGGAAGUUGAAGAUUUUUUCACUGAAAGAUGAAACAGUUACAUUUGUCUCGUGACAUUUCUGCAGUGAUGCAGGCGCUGUGCCAGCCCAUCGUGGUGAGGAGAGAGCUGAGCCGGAAGAUUUACUGGUCUGUCUACGUCCCAACCCUCACCUAUGGUCAGAGCUGUGGGUAGUGACCAAAAGAAUGAGAUUGCGGACACAAACCAAAUCCUCAAAUCCAAAAUGAGUUUCCUCCUUGGGGUGGCUGGGCUCAGCCUUAGAGAUAAGGUAAGGAGCUUGGACAUCCGGAGGGAGCUCGGAGUAGAGCUGCUGCUCCUUCACAUCUAAAGGGGUCAGUUGAGGUGGUUCAGGCACCAAGGAUGCCUCCUGGGUGCCUCCUGUUAGAGGUGUUCCAGGCACGUCCCACUGGUAGGAGGCCCCGGGGCAGACCCAGAACACGCUGGAGGGAUUACAUAUCUCACCUGGCCUGGGAACGCCUUGGGAUCCCCAAGGAGGAGCUGGAAAGUGUUGCUGGGGAGAAUACACAUUCUGGCUGCCACAACUAAACUAAAUUUCAGCCUGUGUUGCUGAUACUUUCAGAGACCUUGAAGUCGGUCUGUCUGAAUCACUGGAGAGAUACUACUUUCUCUGAAAGAGUUACAGGAUCAUGCAGUUGCCCACACAGAACCGACCCCGGUCUCUUGAUGCAAUCGUUCACAGGCUCUUGAAAGCACACAGGUCAGCUCCCCUGCGAGUCUCCAGAGUUACUGUUAACCAAAAAAGAAUAUCUUCUCAAAAGCAUGCUUCAGCCCGUAUCCUUUUACGAUGACACCGCAGCGCGCCUCCUCUGCAUCAACACCUCUGAACCACAAAAUCAUUGGUGUUUUGGAAUGAAACUCUCCGUCUAGCUGUGUGUGUGUUGUGGUGCCAGUGUGUGUUCAGUGUAAUGCAGUACUGGAUGUAGGAGUUUUGUAUUUGGGUGAAGUCGUACCCCUAUUUACAGCGUGUUUGUCUUCUCUACCUCUUCCGAAUGACUUAGCCAUGAAUAUGAAUUGUGUUUAUUAAAGAGAAACAAUGUAUUUGGGAUAUUCAGAACACAAAUUAUCAAUGAAAUCUUUUUUCUAUUUCUGGUGGUAAGUUAUAUUUUGAAAAAAUAGUAUUUUUGUACAGUGAACCAUUUGAAAUGUUUUCAUAUUAUUGUGUGUAUAUUGGUAGAAAUGUUUCCUUUGAAAUAUUGAAUUGACCUAUGCAACAAAAAUCAGAGCAACAGAACAAUGAUGAAAUUGUGCAAUGCAGUUGUGAGAUUUACAUAUCAUUCUGACCUUUUUGUGAAAAUGUUGUUUGAUUAUAACUAUUAAUAGUAAACUCUGAA